ACUCGGCUUCGUUCUCUGCUCGGACGUGGUUUUUUCUGUUAGCAAUAAUGUCGGACGGCGAAAAAGACAAAUCCGUAGAAAAUAUGGAAAAAGAAAAUAAAAGCGAGGAAUCAAAAGCAACAGUGGAUGCUGCCGAUGACAAAUCAAUCGAAAAAGAUAAAAAGGCAACUGCUGAGGAAAGCGACAAAUCCUCCACUGAAAAAGCGGCAGCGGCAAGUGACGAAAAAAUCAAAAAUGACACCGGUGCACAAAAUAGUGAUGAUUGUGAAAAGAAAGAUGUAGAAGAAAAAACUGACGGUGCAGCCGAAUCGAAGAAGAAGGCAGCAAAUGAAAAAGAAGGUUCCCCAACUGCUGGCGAUGAAAAAAAAUCAAAUGAUAUUAAAAAAGAUAAAGAUAGCGAUGCUGACAAGAACGGCAAUGCGGAAAAAAAGGUAUCAGUGGAUAAGGAGGAAAAGGAUGAGAAGGAUGAGAAGGACGAGAAGGAUGACGAAGUUGAAGAAGCAGCUGAGGAUGAUGAAAACGUUGUCGCACUAGCUGAAAUCGAUAAAAUUAAUGAGAAUAUUAACAAAACCAGAGUAGAUGGUCUCCAGAAUCUCCAUGCGAUUUGUUUUGGUUCCCAAGGAAAAAAUAAUGUGGUAAAGAAAAAUUUGCGCUCAUUUGCCGGGUUUGAAUUCGAAAAAGAUUCUGCCGAAUAUAAAAAGAAAUUCGAUUCGAUUAAAAAACUAGAAAUGAAAGCCUUAAAAAGUAUUUGUGAAAUCUUAUCACUGGAACGCAAAGGAGCAAGAGAUGAAAUUGCAAACCGCGUUUUAAAAUUUCUCAUGGAGCCUGAUGAAUCUUUAUGUGUAGAAGCACCCGCUGAGGAAGAGGAAAUUGAAGAGGAUGACGAUGGAAUGGAAGAAGAUGAACCCGAACCAAGUGAAGAUGAAAAACGCAAAAGCAAAUCAGGUGGAAGGUCUGGUGGUGGUAGUGCACGUUCUACAUCCGGACGUCCACGUAGGGCCACUGUAGGUAAAAAAACAUCUGCAUAUGUGGACUUCUCUAGUUCAGAGGAAGAAACUGCUCGUAAAGUAAUACCUACCAAACGUAGACGAAACGACGAUUCUGAAUCUGGUUCCGAUUACAACCCUUCUGGAAAUUCUGAUUCUGAUGCUGGCAAACGUAAAUCUGUUGGAGCUCCAAGAGGAGCAGGAAGAGGAAGACCUGCUCGCAAAGCUCGUCGAAAAAAUUCAGAUUCGGAAGAAGAAUCAGAGGUUUCAGACGCCGAAAGCGAUGUUCCCAAGCGCAAGCGGGCAUCAACUGGGUCCGGAAAACGUGGUCGUCCAUCUGCAGCAGGUCGAGGACGAGGUCGUGCUAGCGGUGCUAAUAAGUCCAAGCCAAAGCGCAAGGAUUCGGAAAGCGAAGAGGAGGAAGUGUCUGAAGAUGAGGAAGAAGAAGAAAUGUCUGAAUUGGGUAGUGAUCAAAGUGUGGAAGAGGAUAAAUCGAAAAAGAACAAAAAACCUGUAACACCUGCGAAAAGUCCAAAAGCCAAUAACAAGACUCCUCCAAAAUCGGCAGUUCGUCCUAAAAAGGCUAAGAAAGCGGUAUCGGAAGAUGACAAAGAUGAUAGCGAUGAGGAUGAACCGCUAAAUAAAAAGGGCAAAGCUUCAUUCCCCACGGAUGAACAAAUUCGUGCUUACGUUAAAGAAAUUCUAGAUAAGGCCAAUCUCGAAGAGAUAACCAUGAAAACUGUAUGUAAGCAAGUCUAUGCAAAAUAUCCAGAUUUUGAUCUUACCGAUAAAAAGGACUUUAUAAAAGCUACAGUCAAAGCGCUAAUCGCUGCUUAAGACUUACUGUAACAAUACAGACGUGCAUCCUUUGUUUUUUUAGUUUUUAUCCUAAACCUAUAACUUUAUGUAUACAUGCGGUUAAAUGAAAGAUGGCUUUUUCGGAGAUAGAUCUACAGAAAGUCCCUCUCUUUAAACACACACACACACACUUAGGUUAGUUAAACCUUAAGUAUAGUAUGAUGAUGGUGAGACCCAAAAACAAACUCUUAUGAUUUUCUUUUAACAUUUUUAAUUGAGUCUAAACCCUUUAAGUUCUACACUAUGUUUUACAUUUAUGAAAAUGUAUAUUUAAAGCAAAAAAUUUACAAAAACAAUAUUCGAUAACAAGAAAAAUAUACAGAAUAAUGUAAACUGAAGUUUGUUUUCUUCAAACUUUGGUUUUGUUUUAUUUUAUUAAACAGCGUCAGUACAAAAAUCAAAAAAGAAAAAUCCUUAUGAAUUCGAAGUAAAUUAAAGAUGGAGCUUAACGUUUAUCAGAAAUAAACAUGAAUUAAGACGCACUAAACAAACCCUUCAAUUUUCAUGUUCAGACUUUGUUUGCUCUACUUUUGUAACAAUUUUUUUUAAUAUGUAUUUGUUUUCAUCAUAUAUAUAUAAAAAAAACGUCAAUGUUUUUUUUUUAAUUGAUUAUAAAACUAAGUGCAUGAUAGAGUAACCGGUUUCUUGUUUAAAGAAAUUACAAACAAAUCAUCCUUAAUAGAUUAAACGAAAGAAUUUCCAAAAUAAAUAUCUUAAAACCAUUAAAUUUUGAAAUGAAAUACAAGUAAAUGGGACUAACCAGCAAAUUAGCAAUAAACAUAAGUAAAUAGUUUCCUUUCGUUGUCUCAACCAUUAACUUUUUCACAACUCCUUAAACAAGCAUCCACCAAUACAAAUAAUAAUCAAUCAAUAAUUAACAUUUUGUGAAUGUAAUGUCGAGAACAGUAUAAUUAAACACAGAAACACACACACACACACAUAAAAAUAAAACUGACGAACACAAUAGAAUAUUCUCAUUGUAAAUUAUGUUUUAUUCGAUGUUCUUUAAAUACACUGUAAAAAUAUUA